CCUGAAACCUUCCACUGGUGUUAAUUGAAAGUCCGUGUUCGCCAACGGACAGAUCCCAGUUUUUGACAACUCCACUGUGAGUAUUUCUAUCCAUGUUUCGGGGCCUACUUACAGCCUUGUCGGCAUAGAUGGCGAUCAAAGGGACUCGAAGGUUUGGAUAACUCAGGGAGUCUAUUUUUCGUUGGAGAUGGACAAAUACUGAUUCAAAAUGAGUGCGUCUAGUUCGAAAAGUAUCGUGAACGACUAUAUCAACUACAGGGUGGAAAAAAGUGGACACACAUGGGAAGGCUGUCCGCCUUUGGACGAGCCGUGUAAGAUUCAUUUUACAAUGCGGACUCUUGGUGAUGAAUUUGAAGAGCGAUAUCACGAUCGUUUUGAUGAUAUGUGCGACCAACUUCAUGUUACACCGAACACAGCUUACCCCACGUUCUUAGGAGUUAUCAACGAACUGUUUGUGGAUGGUGUCAAAUGGGGGAGAAUAGUGGCUCUCUUUUCGUUCGGAGGCGCUCUUGCGGUUAGAUCCAUCGAGAAAGACAUGCCGGAGUUGGUGGACAAUAUUGUGGAAUGGGUAACCAAGUAUUUAGACAAUAAUUUAUCUCAGUGGAUUGCAAAUCAUGGGGGAUGGGAUGGGUUUGUGGAAUUUUACGAAAAUGGACCAGAAAGGAUAAAUGAGUCUCCAUGGCCAUCAUUAAAACAGAUAUGUGGUUAUGCGGCGGGAGCGAUUGGAGUGUUAACGUUGGGAGCAAUCCUUACCCAGAAGUCUUAACUACUCUGGUGUGCUGAGCUGUGGAGGGGCUGGGACAGGGCUCAGGUGUCUUUAAUAUGGGUGAUACUGACAGGUGAAAUGCUCUACCCUCUACGUAGACAGCGAUGGAUUGUCACCUACACUGUUACGUGGGAUAAUGCGGCGUCCUCUGCCCAGUGUGUGUGUGUGUGUGUGUGCGCGUGUGUUCCAGAAGGAUAAAUCUGCUCCGUUGAAGAGUACUCCGCUUGUUCGUUUCUACUGAGCUACCAGCCCUGAAGGUAAAUCAUCGUGCUCACCUGCCAAUCCUUGGUUAUACAUGUACAUGUACUGCUAUUACUAGUCAAAGUGAGGUAUUGAACUAAAAGGUACAAAAGUACUGCAUUAGACCUGAAAAGUACUGCAUUUGACCUGAAAUUUUGUCCAUGAGCAAGUAACUCAUUUUGCCUGAUUCUCUGAGAGUGUUAUUGAUCACA